UCUUUCCUAUCGAUUGGACAGUAGAAGCUGCCAAAAAAUAAGCGUAGUAGGCACUUCGUUUUAAGUAAAUGCACUCGCACUUAAAAAUAUGAAAUUAGUUUUCACCAGCCUGUGGAGACUAUCUGAGCAGCUUAAUUAGCAGGACCUGAAUAUUAUUUUGUACGAAAAGGCAUACUUCGUAGUCUGCUUCGAAGCUAUAACUAUCUGGUAAUGGAUCCCAGUUUGUCCCUAGAGGAGUUGAUUCGAAUUUUCAAAAUUCAGAAUCCAAAUAGAAAGAGGAGUGUAAACUACUAUUACAACAACAAUUACCAAAGCAAUUACAAUUACAAAUACGGCUACAACAACACUUACAGACCGUAUAUAAUACGUGAGAGGCGCUUCUAUAGUCGCACGUCAUAUCAGCAAUUUCAGUGGAUAGACUUGCGCUAUAAGAUACUGGCCAAGGUACGAUUACGAUCCCGGCCGAGAGAUGCCCGGCACAUUCUCAAUUACAAGUACCGUCAGCAGGGCUAUACAGAUGACGAUUUUCUGAGACCCAUGCGUAGCGAUCGUCCGUUGGGAGGGCGAUUGGUCUUCCCAUCGAGCUACAGUGAAUCUCAUCGCUAUAGAGAUCUCGACGACAUGCAGGAUUCAUCUCAGAAUAGAAGCAGCUUUUGGCGAAAUUUUCGACCGACGAAACGUCGAAUAUCGAACGAAUUUGCCAUUCCUAUGAUAGGCUUUAGCUCGACUCCAAAACAAACUUCCAGUGGCUCUGAAGCAGCCAAGCCGCCAGGCUAUAAGAUUAUGAUUAAUAAUCUGCAGCACAGUGUGACCAGCGAGGAUAUUGAUGAGCUGUUCAGUUGCUUUGGUACUUUGUUGGAGGCUUGUGUUUUGCGUCCCGGUACGGCUAUGGUGGUCUUCAAGCACCGGUCCGAUGCCGAGAGGGCCUAUGAGGAUUACGAUAGGCGUGAGUUUGAUGGCAAGCCCAUGCAGUUGACCGCUUCAUACAAUUCAAUGGAAAUUGAUGAGAAUGUGGUGCGAAGGGUAUUAUUUCGGAGCGACUAA